AUGGCGGAGCAUGCACAUCAUGUUAUCAUGGGUGAUUUCAACACUGACUUGCUCAAAGAGACUUACAGAUCUCGUAAGCUGGGCGAUAUUGUGGAGUCGGUGGGCCUUUCUGUGUUACCCCUUAAUGCUACCCACGUUAACAAUGACUCUCAUGACACCUGGAUUGACCAUGUUUAUGUGUCUUCACCUGAUUACAUAUUAAAGCAUGGUCAAUUUCCAGCACCUGGAUUCUCCAGACACGAUCUCCUUUACGUCUCAUAUUACAUAAAAACGUUCAAGCCUAAGCCUUCCGUCGUUCGUCUGCGUAGUUUUGCCAAAAUUGACACGUCAACUUUAGGGAAAGAUGUGACUGAUUUUGAUUGGUCAUGUGUACUAUCCGCCUCGUCAAUAAACGAUAAGGUGUCCGUUUUUAACCAGUCUGUUCUCCAAAUCUUUGACAGGCAUGCUCCGGCUCACUUUGUCAGAAUUAAAAGACAGCCAGCUCCCUGA